GUUGCGUGAACAGCAGGCUGUCACCGGAGUCGCUAGCUGCCUGCUGUCCUAAAAACAAGUGAAUUUUGUCUUUAAACGCGGCUCCAAGUGGUAGUCAAACUAUCUUCUACAUGAAUAUGGAUGAAGACGUGCUGACGACUCUGAAACUGUUGAUAAUUGGCGAAAGUGGAGUCGGGAAGUCCAGUCUCCUCCUGAGGUUCACAGAAGACACUUUUGAUCCAGAGCAGUCAGCGACCAUAGGUGUGGACUUCAAAGUAAAGACACUGGCGAUAGAUGGAAACAAAGCAAAGCUCGCCAUAUGGGACACAGCUGGACAGGAAAGAUUUCGCACCCUGACACCCAGCUACUACCGUGGUGCACAGGGAGUCAUACUUGUAUAUGACGUCACAAAGCGCGAAACUUUUACGAAGCUUGAAAACUGGCUGAAUGAACUGGAAACCUACACAACACGCAACGACAUUGUAAAAAUGCUGGUUGGGAACAAGAUCGAUAGGGAUGACCAUGAAGUGGACAGAAAUGAAGGGCUGAAAUUUGCAAGGAAACACUCUAUGCUUUUUAUUGAGGCCAGUGCAAAGACUAAAGAUGGCGUCCAGUGUGCCUUUGAGGAGCUCGUAGAGAAGAUCCUCCAGACUCCGGGGCUUUGGGAAAGUGAAAACCAGGGUCAGAAGGUCCGUCUGGGGGAGCAGGAGCAGGGCGGUAACAGGGCAUGUGGAGGAUACUGUUCCAUACCCUGAAAGUGGACAAAACCAAAAAAGCAUCAACCUGAUAAGAAUGACUACGGACCACAAACUGAAAGGAAAAGAGAGAAAGAAAGCAAGCAGGGGAAGUGGUUGAGUACUUUAAAAAAAAAAAAAAAAAAAAAAAGUUCAUUGUUGGAGUAUCUCUGUCAGUCAAAUGGACUUUGCUGUUUGCACAUUUCCUUUUCAACCAUCAGCUGUCACGUCACUACUUUCUGUAUAAAACAUGAACUAAAGGAUCAUGCUAAAAUAGCCUCUUGUCUAUAGAAGUAUAGUAUUUUAAAUUAAAUUAACCGUGUCAAGUGCACAACAUACGAGUACACGUCUGGUUUGAAUUGAUCUUUAUGGCAACAGUGAUUCUGUUCUACAUUAAGGCAUUGAGUUAAUAGUGUAGUGCCUAUAACAUGAACCAAUUUGUAGAUUACAGUACAUAGCUUGUCAAAUUUGAUUCAAAAUAAUUCAUUGUAAUCAAUACGGAAGUCCCCUCAAUCCUGUCCUUCCAGCUUCUGCUUUGUGCGCUUGAACUGCAAAGUUAAAACACAAAAUGUUCUACUACAUAUUUGCAAGCUUUGUUAAAUGCAUACUACAUCAGUUGGAUUGAGGAUGGGACAGGAAGAGACUUGUCAUGUGGAGGGUGUGUUGGCCCUCAUUAGCCUGUCAUUAUGCUCCAGAACACUGUGAAUGCUCCCAAAGAAGAUGCUUCACAAUGGACCCCAGUACUGACACCAGCUCAUUUUUUUACUGUUAACUCGAUUAUUGUUCAUUUGAUGCUGUUUUCCAUUAAAUUCUAUUCUUCAGAAUGAAUAGAUGCUUUUAAAAGGACAUUUAUUUCCUGCUCCCCCAACCCCUUCCUCUUUACACAGAAAUAUGAAAGACAAAUAAUCAUCUCUGUCUUGUCGAAUUUUCUGUAACCAAACCUGUCUUUGUGUUUGCAUGUGUGAUCUGGACCAUCAUUUCCAAAAGCUGCAAGUGUGAGGUUUACAGUUUUAAGAGCUCUUGCAAUAAAAUAUGUUCUUUUACUUACUUGAGCUCGCUGUUCUCGCCUAUCUGCUUCGGCAAAAUGACAAAUCUUGCCGAUUUUACUUGGAGAUUGGUCCUGUGAGCUUGUUUUUUUCCCCCCAUUUAAUUUGCUGUUUCUGUGUGUUGUUGUGGUCCAUAUAAUGUCCCACUGACUUACCAAUAUUAAAGGCAUUACUCACAUUAUAGUAUGUGAACAUUCCUAAGAGCUUUCUCAGUAUAGUGUGGAUUUAUUGUAUCAUCGCUGUUUGCUUGAACAUUGUUUUUGUCAACUGACUCUUUUACCUUUGUACUUUUUCCUGUUGCUUUUGCUGUUUGAAUCAUAUUCAGCAAUACGUUAAAUUGAUAUCUGCCUUAACAUUGAAUGACAUUAGCUCGAGUUAUUAUACAGUAACGUUUGUAUUGUUUCAAACUGAAAUAAAGGACAACCUUAAGAUGCCGUCA